UCAUCAGAGACAAACUCAACACAUGGAAACAGAAGCUGAUGGAGAGGACUGUGGAGGACCAGAACCAGCCAGGAACUCACAUCCACUUUUACAACCAGAGACUGAAGACCAGACUGGAGACUCUUCUGAACCUGAGACUGGUGAUAGUGCUGAUUGGAAGGAGACCAGAGAACCUCAGUCAGCUUUAAACUCUCUGAAACAUGAUUCAGGACGUAAGAAAACAUUCAGCUGCUCUGAAUGUGGGAGAAGAUUUGGCCGCAAGACACAUCUGAAGACACACACGAUGACUCACACAGGAGAGAAACCUUUUAGCUGCUCAUUUUGUAAUACAUCUUUUACACAGAGUGGAGAUUUACAGAAACACAUGAGGGUCCACACAGGAGAAAAACCCUUUAGCUGCUCAGUUUGUAAUACAUCUUUUACACAGAGUGAAAAUUUACGGUCACACAUGAGAACUCACACAGGAGAAAAACCUUUCAGCUGCUCUGAGUGUGGUAGAGCUUUUACUGAACGUGGAAACCUGAAGAAACACAUGAUGACUCACACAGGAGAAAAACCUUUCAGCUGCUCAGUUUGUAAUACGUCUUUUACACGGAGAGGAAGUUUACGGAAACACAUGGCAGUCCACACAGGAGAGAAAAGAUUCAGCUGCAGUCUUUGUAGCAAAAGAUUUGCCUGGCGUUCUGAUGUCAAAACACAUAAAUGUGUUGGUCAGAUGGAAACAGAAGCUGAGGAACUGUGGAGCAGUCAGGAGGGAGAGCAGCUUCAAGGGCUGGAGGAGGCUGAUAUCACCAAGUUCCCAUUUACUCCUGUCCCUGUGAAAAGUGAAGAUGAUGAAGAGGAAGCUCAGUCCUCACAGCUUCAUCAGAGACAAACUCAACACAUGGGAACAGAAGCUGAUGGAGAGGACUGUGGAGGACCAGAACCAGCCAGGAACUCACAUCCACAUCCACUUUUACAACCAGAGACUGAAGACCAAGCUUCAGACUUUCCUGAACCUAGACAACUAUCUAGCUUUGCCGUGGCCUCACAAUUUUGCCAACAAAGAGAUGAGAGCAGAGAACCUCAGUUAGGUUUAAACUCUCCGAAAAAGAGCAGGUAUAAUUCUCGUGAGAAAUUAUUUCGCUGCUCCGAGUGUGGGAAACAAUUCAACCAAAACUCAAAUCUGAAGACACACAUGCGAACUCACACAGGAGAGAAGCCGUUCAGCUGCCCCUUCUGCAGUAAAAGGUUUGGCCAGAAGGCACACCUGCAGAACCAUUUGAAAUGUCACACUGGCGAAAAGCCUUACAGGUGUUCAGUCUGCGGUCGGCGCUUUUCACGGUUUGAACAUAUGAAGUUACACAUGAGAACCCACACAGGGGAGCGACCAUUCAGCUGUAACAGUUGUGGAAAAAGAUUCACCUGGCUUCAUCAGUUCAAAACGCACAAGUGUGGGGGUGAAUCGUCCCAGCUGCAGGAGGAACCGUGGAGCAGUCAGGAGGGAGAGCAGCUUCAAGGACUGGAGGAGGCUGAUAUCACCAAGUUCCCAUUCACUCCUGUCCCUGUGAAGAGUGAAGAUGAUGAAGAGGAAGCUCAGUCCUCACAGCUUCAUCAGAGACAAUCACAUCCAGACAGUUUUUACUCACAUGGACUCGAGUGUAACCCAUUCACUGGACAGUUCUGGUGAUGUAACUCUGUUGUCUUGAAGGCUACAUUUACACCGCUACAUUUUGAGUUUUAAGCCAAAAGUGAUCUCCGGUCACCAAGUGUUCUCAGCUCCAGGAGAAGAACU